ACCAGCAUUAAAACAGUCUUUAAACCAUUUCAGAAGUAAUGAUAGCUCUGCGAUGACCAUACUGCUUAUAUUCUAACUCAGAUCAAGAUGCUCAGCUUACUUCUCAUCAUUUAUCUCCCGAUUAUUUGCUGGAGCCUCAUCAGGUUGGAACAAGAUGACACCGAGACUCCUUAUCAAGUUCUCAUUUACUUCGGGGGCCCAGAGCUAAUGUUUGCCGAACUCGACAACAAUUUGUACGGCCCCGGCAUUGUUGAGGCGUUGGAGAAGAUUGACGCAGAAUAUGAUUUUGAGUCCAUUUUAGGAGGAACCAAUUUGACUUACAAAGUGGCAAACUGUAAAGAAUUUUCAGUUUCUGAUGCCAUGGAUUACCUGGAGAGUCAACUGUUGACUCGGAGAUAUGAAAUUAAAGAACAUAAUAAAACAUUCGUGCGGUCCGAACUUUCUCUCAUUCUGGGACCCAUCCAUUUAAUCGUCUUUCUAAAACCUUAUUGCUAUGCCAACCGCUACAAUUGUAUAUUUGGGGUUGGUCGAAUCUCAACCGCCUCCGCAAAUGCAAUCAGUGACGAUUUCGUAUAUCCAUACGAACACAACAAUCAAGUCACAAACAACAUACUUCUCGACAAUACCAGGGAUGGCCCUGAACCUAUUUUUAAACAGUUUUUCGAUAAAUUUCGGUGGAACUUCCAACAGAUCUCGAUCUUUGACCUCCGGGGGAGUGAUAGUUAUGAGCAGAGCCAAAGUCUUAUUCUUGACUUGCAGAAAUAUGCGAUCGAUCACUCUAAAAAUCGGGUUUCCAUUGGCUCUGACAAACACAACACAGAAACCACCCUCAACUACACCGAUGCUAACGAUUACCUGAUCAAUAAAGUUCCUUACGCUUGCAGAGUUGUACUGCUCUUUGGGAGUCAGCAGAUGGUGCGAGAUAUGAUGCUCCAGGCUUAUGAUGCAGGUAUGACCCAGUCAAAUGAGUACGCGUUCAUCAUUAUUCCUACCAACUACUUUCCUCUCUAUUCCUGGAAAGCGGAUCCAGCAUACAGCAAUUUGUACUGGGACGAGGGUCAAGCUUCCCGUGACGAGGAUGCUAAGAAAGCCUUCCAGUCAGCGUUUAUAGUGACAGCAGACAUAGACACGAAGAACUUUGAUAACUUUACAGCGGCUGUUAAAGAGCAAGCGAAGAAGGAGCCGUUUAAUUACGAUUUCAAGGAUAGAGCGGUACCGCUCUACGCAGCCAACUACCACGACGCUGUCUUGUUGUGGGCCUACGCCAUGAACAAUCACUACAACGAGUCAGCCAAAACGCUGGAUGUUGGUAAACUUUACAACAGAACAUUCACAAAGGACGACUUCAACGAUAUCGAACCCAUUACUGGCCCAAUAGAGCUGGAUGAGGCGGGAGAUCGCGUCAACACUUUCCUGUUUUGGCAUCUUAAUAAGGCCGGCCAAUGGCAGAAAAUAGGAAAGUACGCACACGAGAAAUAUGAAGUCUUGGUCGAUGAGGAGGACAUAGCAUGGCCUAACAAUGGGAAAUCUGCACCGCUGGCUGAGCCUGAAUGUGGUUUCAAUGGAGAGAAAUGCGAUAACAGAAUGGUGAUAGGGAUAUCUGCUGGAGCAGGUGCACUUGCUGUCCUGGUCCUUGGUCUUGCUGUUAUGACUUACAUGUACAGGAAAGCAAAGUUCGAGGCUGCUCUGGCUUCCAUGUCAUGGAGGAUACCCCCAAUUGAGAUACGAGAUGUUGGUCGAGACCCUCUGGGGUCAUCUGUCUUCGGAUCAAGACGCUCGUCCAUGGUCGGUUCUCGUUCCUCUACUGUAUCAAGUAAUCCGUCUGCAAACCUAAAGAAGAAAAGUUACCAGUUCUUCUCAAAACGGGCUCAGUACCAGAACAAAAUUGUGGCCCUGAAGACUGUUCUUCCUCAGUACAUGACCAUCAAUCGGGCUCUAAUGAUCGAGAUGAAAAACUUGAAAGAAAUGAGAAACGAAAACCUGCUGACUGUUUACGGCUGUACGAUCGAUAAUGACAUUUGCUUUCUGGUUACUGAGUACUGCAGCAAGGGGUCUCUACAGGAUUUAUUGGAAAACGACGAUGUCAAGUUGGAUGAUAUGUUAAAGUUCAGUUUGAUAAACGAUCUAGCAAAGGGGAUGCGCUUCCUGCAGGCGUCUGUUAUCGAGAGUCACGGAUACCUAAAAUCGUCAAACUGCAUCAUCAACAACCACUUCUCCCUCAAGAUAUCUGACUUUAGUAGAUCUAUCUUCAUGAGUGAUAUGGAGCGGCUGAACAGGGCCACGGAAGAGGCAAGGAAUGAACGUCUCGUCUACAGAGCACCGGAGCUGCUUAGAAUGCAGUGCAUUCCUUGCAAGGGGACUAAAGAAGGUGACAUGUACAGCUUUGGAAUAGUUGUCCACGAGAUUCUCGUGAGAGAAGGACCGUUCGGUCUCUCUGACAUGAGAUGCGAUCUGACUGCUACGGAGGUUAUAAACCUGGUAACCAAGACUGCAAGUCAGAUCCCUUACCGCCCAGAGUUCCCCUUCUCUAGUGAUUCUAAAGUUACUCGGAUUAUUUCGAUGGCUAGAGACGCCUGGACUGAGGAGCCUUUAGAGCGACCCAACUUCCAGACUAUCAGAUCAAUCCUGAGAUCCAUCAGGGUGGACGCGUCUGGAGGAAUUGUAGAGAAUCUACUGGGAAGAAUGGAAAAGUACGCAACAAAUUUAGAGGAGUUGGUGGAAGAGAGAACUGCUCAAUUACAAGUGGAGAAAAAGAAGACUGAUGACCUUCUAGAAUCAAUGCUCCCCAAGUCUGUGGCAGAUUCGCUGAAAUCAGGAAACGUGGUGCCCCCUGAAAAGUUCGAGUGUGUGACAAUAUAUUUCAGUGAUAUCGUAGGGUUCACUGCUAUCAGUUCCCUCUCCAAACCUAUGGAGGUGUUGGACAUGCUGAACGAUCUGUACACUGUGUUUGAUAUGUGCAUUGAAAAGUACGAUUGCUAUAAAGUUGAAACCAUCGGCGAUGCGUACAUGGUGGUAUCAGGACUACCAGUUAGAAACGGAGACAGACACGCCGCGCAGAUAGCUCUCAUGUCUCUCAACUUCCUCUCCUGUCUCAAAACCUUCGUUAUCAGUCAUCUGCCCGAGAAGAAACUCAACAUCCGAAUAGGCAUGCACUCAGGCCCAGCUGUAGCGGGGAUCGUCGGUAAAAAGAUGCCGAGAUAUUGUUUAUUUGGAGACACCGUCAAUACAGCUAGUCGGAUGGAGUCUAAUGGAGAACCCGAGAAGAUCCAGAUGAGCUCUCAAUCCUACAGUAUCCUCUCAUCCCACGGCGGAUUUAUUAUUGACCCACGGGAAGGUCUUGUAGACAUGAAGGGAAAGGAAAGCAACAAACAUACUGGUUACAAGGAGUAGAAAAAGAUCUUAACAUAGACAACCCUCGUCAUUUCACCGACAGGACUGCUCUUCAGAAGAGAGAGAGUAACGCUGUGACUACUCAUGCUACGAAUCUUGUUUACACAGUUGAUUCUAACAGCAAGAAAAACACUGUCAAAUCAUCUUCGUCACCAAAUGACAUGGUGAAUUAUAACAAUCUCAACCACGUUGACUCCAAGAACCACAAGGUUCAUUUGAAUAACAAAGAAUUCCAGUGAAGCUGAGUUUCUUGUAUCGACAUUCGAAAUGAUGAGAUUGCGUUAUAAACUCUAUGAAAUGAAGAAUCAAGAAAGAAGUGUGAUCCCAAUCAUGAAAGUGAUGUGGAACCAAUAAAUGAUUGGUGGAGUUGGAGGAAAAGAAGAAGUUAAUCACAACUUGAAUAUUUCGCGACUUUGUUCUUGCAACUAAUUACACACUCCAUUCUCAAAUACCAAGAAGUGUAAAAAUAUUGGGCAGAACGCUCGCGGCAUCUCGUGAUAUGUAUAAUGUACGUGUGGCACACUGACACUGUGCAUUUUCGAGGCCACAAAUUAUACUGAAUAAUCCAAAUUCAUAAGCGAUCAGAUUCCGAUAUAUUGGAAUUGUUGAACGUUUUCAGUUUCAGCUUCUGCCUUCCAAAUAUAAAUCUAUUUUUACCCCUAUUCUAUUAAUUCGAAGCCCACGGUCGUUUCGUGCCUGUCUAAGUUUUUAUCAAGUUUUACAGAUCUUUUACAUUUAAGUACAAUGACGUAAAAUACUCUUGAGUUGAAUUUGGUGUUGUAAAUAUAUUUGAGUGAUUCAUAUAUUCAUGUAUAUGUUAGGCUUUAGCUUUAAUUUGAAACUUGACAAACGUUUUAACUG